AGAUACCUUGGUGGAAGGCAAGUAAGUCCGGUGGCUAAACGCCUCAGCUUUCAUUGUGGCACAUUGCCUUAUCCACCUAGGUAGGUAUGUAAAUUAUGGAAGACUACUCGCACCGUGCGGGGUGAUUACGCUUUCUGCAGAUAAUACAUACGAAACUGCCCAAAAUAUCAAGACAGAUUCACUCCCUCCACCAUAUCACUACGUAAUAGCGGGACUAAUGAUGCGGAUAUAGAAUUUCAAUACGACAAUUGAAGGGUUACGACAACCUACCUAUCUUUUAUACCUACCAAAAUAACGAAAUCAUACCAAAAGAUCUAAACAAUAUGUCUUCGGCAACCCCAACAACCUCAACAACCUCGUCACAACCUAAGAAGCCCAAGGGCAUCUUAAAAAAACCCACAACAACAACAACAACAACAACGACCAAUACCUCAUCUCCUUCCACAGCCAUAGCUCCCACUCCCAUCUCCCCCUUCCCAAUCCAAGAACACAAACCAUCCGCCUCCAACCCCGACGCGCGCGAAACAGCCAUCCAACAAGCCCGCAUAAUCCAGCAGCAGCAAGUCUUCGAAGACGAGAUCCAGGACUCCAUCAUCGAGCUAUCCAAGCUCCCCCUAGCCUCCUCCUCCUCGUCCACGUACGACUCCUCGAACCCCUCCCCUUCCGACGCCGACGUCUUCCGCCAGCUGGUCCGCCUCUUCCAGCCGGGCGACUACGAGGACCUGAUCGAAGAGCGCAACACGCUCAAGAAAUGCGGGUACGCGCUGUGCCCGCGCCCGCGCCUGCGUCUCGGCCCGGGCGGCGAGUACAAGCUGGUGAGCUGGGGACGAGAGGACUUUGGCAUCGUGCCGCGAAAGGAGUUGGAGCGGUGGUGCUCGCGGGACUGCGCCCGCCGCGCCAUGUACGUCAAGGUGCAGCUUGGCGAGACCGCGGCCUGGGAACGAGCGGGCAUUUCGUCUAUCCGGAUCGAUCUGCUGGACGAGCCGAAGCAGGCCGAGGAAGAGGACGAUGAUGCGACUCGGCGGCUCGAGAGGGAGUUACAGAGCGUGGAAAGGAAGGCUGCCCAGGAUGCUAAGGAUCUAGCGCUCGAACGAGGCGAUGCGGUGGACAAGCCGUCUACGAGAAAAGUUAAGCUUACGAUUAGGGAAAAGUCCGUUAAGAUGGCUCCGCAAGAGCCCACGCUGGAUGAAGAUGGCGAGGGCCAUUUAGUACUGGACGGUUACAAACCAAAAUUCAACCAAGAGCUAGAACAAAAUGGCGAAGAUGAAACGAUGAAAGAGGAUGAUUCUGAAAAACCGACAGCAGAAUGAUAUAACAGUAUUUUGAUCAUUACCAGCAUAGUUCCGGCGUUCUGAUUAGGAUCAUUUGAGAUACCCUUAGUAGAAAAUAAUGGCAAAGACAAUCACCUGUACCGAGACACGUAGUAUAAUGGCCAACGUCAUGACCAUCCCUUUAUGCCUAGUGCCGAGUUGUCCAGCUUACGGGGACUCAAGGAGUUAAUAAGGACCUAGACGUUGUAAAUCCAAGUUGUAAAUCCAAGUUGUAAAUCCAAGU